AUGUUUGUCGAUUCUCUCAACGAAGUUGCGAAUAGUCUACGUGACUGCACGCGAUCAACGGUGGCUCUAUCUGAAUUGCUUACUUGGGUACGAGGGAAUGGUGUUCGUUUGAUUGAGGUGCUUGCCGCUGAUGAAGUUUGCACGGCUCAACGGUUACCAUCUCGAUUAUCUCAGGUUAUCAACUUAUCGCUUGACCCGGCCGAUCACAUCUAUUCGAACUAUCCUCGACGAAGCAUAAUUUUCGAGAAUCUUUAUUGUUGUAGAAAAGCCUGUCUGCUGUCAGGGUCACUUGCAUGUAUCCAUAUCAUAAUCGUGUACGAGUAA